UUCCGGGACACGUCAACAAAGUCGUAACGCAGACGGAUCUCAUCCAGCGACAGUAGCUGUAUUGUAGUGAUAGGCAGUUAUUUUACAAACCAUGGAGACGUUAUACAGUAUACCGUUUGCUGUGCUGGAAUGUCCGAAUAUAAAACUGAAGAAGCCGUCGUGGCUGCAUAUGCCGUCGGCUAUGACUGUGUAUGCGGUCGUUAUUGUGUCCUACUUUCUCAUCACAGGAGGUAUCAUCUACGAUGUUAUUGUAGAGCCGCCCAGUGUGGGUUCAAUGACUGAUGAGCAUGGACACCAGCGGCCAGUGGCCUUUUUGGCAUACAGAGUGAAUGGGCAGUACAUUAUGGAAGGAUUGGCUUCCAGUUUCCUCUUCACCAUGGGAGGCCUGGGCUUUAUAAUCCUGGACAGAUCCAACGCACCAAACAUUCCCAAACUCAACCGCUUCCUGUUGCUCUUCAUCGGUUUUGUCAGUGUUCUCCUCAGCUUCUUCAUGGCCAGAGUGUUCAUGCGCAUGAAGCUGCCAGGAUACCUCAUGGGUUAAAGUCAAAAAGAGCACACUUAAAUUGAUUUGGAUGGACAGAAGACAUCAGAUGCGCGGUGGCCCAACAGGCAGUUUAACAGAAAUUAUUAUACAUAAACUCGACCUUUUGAUAUAAUCAACAACCAUUAAGGACUGAAAGCACUGACCUUGCUCAAGAAAUUAGACCCUGCUGCACUGACAGUCUCACACCGGCUGUGACUCAUUGGUGUUCGGUGACUUCCUGUCCUCACCCUUUCUCCAAAUUUCCAAACUGUGUUACAGGCACAUCAUUAUCACCAAUUUUGCCAUGUCCAGGUCCCUCUCAGUAUAGUGCAUCUGUAGCAAACUUGAGAAAUUUUAAUUCCACUUUUCUAAAAGAAGCUAGAAGUACCGUGCAGCAGGGGUCAUUUCACUUAGCCACUGGAGAAGAAAAACUGAGCACUGUUGGCAUGGAGCCACUGAUUUGGUAUCAGGAUUAGCACUGUGUGAAUCAUUUAGAGGGGAGUCUGAAUAAUGUUAAUGUUUGUUCGUUUUUGUAAAGAAAUCGUUGAAAAAGCUUUGAACCUGUCACAGUUGCAUUUUUGUACAAGGGUGUGAAAUAAAUAAUCUUUUCAGA